AAAAUGGCUGUCUGGCUAUCGAUUUUUGAGAGGAGCAACAGGGCAUUUUGAAAAGUCCUAAGCACAACGACUGAUACAAAACGCAAAAUGGAUGAUAGUUUUGACUCAGAUAUGGGCGAAAGUGACGUUGAAAUAUCGACCGAUUCUUCUGAUCAAGAAGAAAACAAAGAAGAUUCAAUAAGAAAUGAAUUAGGGGAUGUGCCAUUUGAAGAUCUAGAGGUUUUAGAGAAGAAGCUUGGAGAAUCAAGAUAUGAAGAGGUAAUGUUUGGUGUAAAGAAAGAAUCAAAUAAUACAGAAAAGAAAAGGGAAGCGAAAAAGAGUGACCAGUUUGCCGAAAACAGAAAGAAAAAAGAUAGCAGACCCCUUGAGAUGUCAUCAAAACAGAGACCAAAAGGAUUUCGAAGAGUAGUCAAAACCAAUUCAGCGGUUACAAGGGAUCCACGCUUUGACAACCUUUCCGGGAAUCUGAACAUAGAAUUGUUCAAGAAAUCAUAUUCAUUUUUGGACGAAAUUCAGAAAAAAGAGAAGGAGGUGGUCGAAAAGCAACUCAGAAGUGAGAAAAGUUUUGAAAAGAAAGCUGCUUUGCACAAGCUGAUGCAGAAAAUUGAACAAAAAGAAAAAAUUGAAAUGGAAGAAAACGAAAGAAAAGAGCAACAUCGCGAAUGGAAGAGAAAUGAAAAAGAAGCAAUUAAACGCGGAAAGCGGCCAUUUUAUUUAAAGAAAUCCGAAAGAAAGAAAAAGGAGCUUGCUGAAAAAUUCAAGAAGCUCAAAGAGACUGGAAAAAUUGAAAAAUAUUUGAGCAAGAAAAGAAAGAGAAAUGCUGCAAAGGACAGAAAAUAUUUACCUAUGAAGCGAAAGCAAGAGAGUUAACAAAAUAUAUGUGAGGGUAGUUUGUUUUUAUGUUAGUCAGACACUAUUUAUUCUGAUCGAAUAUUUCUUUUUGAUCAUUUUCUGCAAGAUUCAAUACACACGAAAGUCUAAAAGGGGAAGCCAAAUGAUUGCAGAAAACUAAGAAAGUUCAUAGAAAGUGCUCGUUGACAUACUAUUGUAUCUGUUGUGAGGUUUGUAAGACGUGGGCUGCAAUGAUGAGCUUGAACUUGGUUUUAUCUCAUUUUCAUAAACAUAACAACUAUUUACAUUAUUAAAGCUGUAACUCAAAACUCUGUUGGAAAAUCCAUAACUCUCGACUCGACUCAACUCGUGAACUCAACGAACCAGUGCUCCCACUCAACGUUUGCUAUUUUCCGCUACGGCGCAUGCGUUUUCCCCCUACAUUUCCCUACGGCUAAUUCCUUGUUUUCCCCCACUUUUCCCUACACUUUUGCUUUUUCCCCUACAAUCCCUACAAAAAUAUGCAGAAAAUGUUUGAAAAAACGCAUCAUGUACACAAAUUUUGCUCUAAACAUUGAAAAAUUAAAUAGUAAUUCUCAAAUACUAUAUCAAUUUCAAUAUUAUCAAGCUCCUUCUGAGUACCCCUUUGUACUACUGCAGAGUGGGAGGGUAAUGAGCUUGACCGGUGAGACAACGCCCUUUUGCCUCGUUUCAGUGCUUUGUACCAAGUUAAUUUUUUGACAAAAGUAAUUACCUCUCCCCACACCGCCCUUAGCGCCGCCCCUGCUUUGCACUAUGAAUUUAUAGCAUUUCCAUUGUAAACGAACAUGAUGCUCAUCAAUGUCAAAAUUGGUUGUAAAUUUUUCACUGACUUUUACAAUUGACUCUAAUGUUUUACAGGAAGACAUUUUUGUUUUGUUUAUAUUCAUGUACAAAAUUGCUCUUUCGAUCGCUGCCGUAAUUUGUGGUAGUCCAGAUCUGUUCAGCAUGAAAAGUGCCAGACUUUCGUAAUCUUGAAGCUGUUUCAUAGCCUCAAGAAUUCAUUAAGGCUUUGGUUUUCCCACCCACCAUUCUUUACAACACCUUUUUUCUAUCGGGACAGGUGUGUUACAAGGGCUCCUACUGUUGCCUGUGCAGCUUUACUUAAAUAUAGACCCUUGGUAACGUGUAAUGUCUUUCAUGGCAACGAAAAUAUCGAAAUAGCUCAUUUGCCCUACAAAGAACGAAAUUUUAUUGCGAUAUUCACUUUGAAAUCACGAAACCUGAAAUUGUCCCAAUUAGGUGGAUUGAAGUUAUUUUGCCUCUUUGUCCAGGGAUGUAGAUAGUCAUUACUAAGACAAAGACGGGGGCUCAAUCCAUAGGUUGGAUCAGCCACCCAUAAAUAUCAGCAUAUGAUAUCAGCUGUUAUCCCGAAAUGUACCUAAAUAUACUAUUCCCUUGAUGCUACUUUUACCCAAAUCGUGUAUCAAACAUCGUUAAAUAAAGAAAUGAAAUAUCUGAAAAAAUAACCUUAUUUGAAAUCUAACAACAUCUAUCAGAGUUUCUGAAUUAUUCUGGCCUGCCAUUUAGACGCAAAGAACAUUUUUAGUUUUUAUUUCUAGCCUCCAAAUGUGUUUAUUUGUCAAGUGUUGCCCCCAGAUAACUAACGAAUAUUCUAACUACCCAGCAAAUAAACAAACUUUCAUAAUGUUAACCCUCAAAUGUAGUGAUAUAUAUUGCAGUAAUCUUCCAGUUGAUAUAAAUGCACAAAGCCUUGAAGUAACAGUUUGAAAAUUUUUUGAAAUGUUUUUAUAAUGCUUCGUGAUAAGCGGAUUUUUUGGAAUUCUUUAGCAAAUUGCAAAUUGACUCACUUCCACUUGCUUGCGAUGGCAUUAUUUUGUGCAAUUUUAUGUUUUUAUUUAUUCACCUUGAAUGGACAAGAAAAAUUCUUUUUAGCUUACCGAAGGAUAUUUCCCCAGAAACGUAGAGACAAUUUCAAAAGUAGAGGUGCAUAAUAUUCAAAUGCGCCUUAUAUACACUUAUUUCCAAUUAUGAGAAAAAUUUAACGUCUAUAUAUUUCAUCAAUAACGGUCAUUUUAUCUUUUGAUUGAAAGUUGCUAAGACAUUAUCAUAUUCAAUUAAGGAUCGUAAUAAACGAAAAGUCGUGGAGCCACGGUUCCCCCAUAAAUUUCACCAAAUUACUUUUAUCUUAUAUCUUAUUUUACUGUGUCGUUAUUGUUCUCGAAAGUAUCGAUUUCUUGCAUUUCAAAUGUCAUAGUUUUUACACAUUUUCAUAAGAACAAGCCUACCCUAAGCAUUUUCCUAUCUUUUUUGUCCGUUUGAUACUCUACCACCAUCUAAGACGUAUGCACUAAGUUAAGGAAGAGUUAAAUGUAGGCUCUGCGCAGCGUUUAUAAUUGAGAAAACGUGAUUUGACUUACGUUUGCCAAUUGGAUACGUAACAAUACGUCUACCGUAAAAGCUCUAUUAAGCCCCCGGAGAGGCUUAUUUACUCUUUACAGUCCUAGAGUGGCGACUUAAAAGAGAGAGGGGCUUAUUAGAGAAAGGAGGCUUACUAAUAACUCAAUGUAAAAAAUGUUAUAAAAAUGCCCUUAUGCGCUUUUUGUUAUGAAAAUGUCAUACAAAUGUUCUCAAAAACUUUGCUAGCAGCUUCGAAAGUUUCUUAAAAUCAAUCAAUUAUAAUGUCCUCGUCUUCCUCAGAGCAUAGUCACAAGGAUCAUUUGAUAUCCCCUGGGAGAUCUUCUAAACAAAUUUUGAUUGACUUCUAAGGCACACAAGGAAAUAUUUAUAUGGGCCGUAAUCAAUGCACGCAAUCUUAUCGUCACCACACCCGUCAAGAGACCAACUCAUUGCAUAUGUUUAUUUUGUUUGACAUCAGGGACUAAGAAGGGGAGCUUAAUAGAGAGGGGGACUUGUUGAAUAUUGACUAUCUUGCAGACACCACUACAAGGCACGAACUGUAGUUUUAUGUCUGUAAUUAGUAUACGGGGUUCGGCGUAAUACGACCAAAGACGUCCAACAUUGAAAACGAGGUUAUAGUUAGUGUGAAUAUAUAUAUCGUGAAAUAAACCAAUUGGGUGACUUACACAACUCGAUAGUACAAUGUAUGAUUCGUAAUUGCUAAAAAGACCGUUCGUUGAGUUCAAAUGCAAACACAACUCCCUGCGUGUCCGCUCUGUGUAUGUUCGAUUCUUGACUCCCUCUCCUCGACUGACCACAGGGGUCCGAAGUAAUAAAAAAAGAUAACAAAAUUCAACAGGACUUAUUUUAAAUUUUUGUUUUAUAAGGGAGGGCUUAAUAGAGAGGGGGGCUUAAAAGAGAGAGGGGGUUUGAUAGAGCUUUUACGGUAUUUUAUAUAUGGUCAUGUUAAU